UAAUAAAACCCCACCAAACAGGGAUAUAUACACAGGGGAAUUGAUUGGAAUUUGGAGUCCAACACAAGAAAAAAAAAUAUAAAAAUCAAAGCAAAAAGAUGGAAUUUGAUGGGUUUUUCUGACUACUGGACGGUCGGAUGCUUUUCGUGUUGCAGAGGCCUAGAAAUGGGCACCUUCCUGACAGACUCCAGAGGCUUCCGAGGUCCAAUUUUCUCCAGAUGUUUUUCGUUUUGAAGGGAUUUCUGUGGCUGCCAUGGAUUGGAGAUUCGAAUGCCGUUCAGAACGAGUGUUUUUUCGGGCGUUUUGGUGGCUGGAUUGACCCGGAAGACGAAAAUUAGGGUUAUUAGGGUUUGAAAGUUUGGGUAAGGCGGGAAAUUUCAGGCCUCCAGGAGUUCUUUUGUGGAUGUGAUUUGGAAGUGACAAUGGAUUUUUUGUUAUCCGGGUUUUGAGUGUUUUGGAAGCUGGGAUUGGAGUUGGUGUCAUCUCUCGAGUUAUGCUGCACCAUACAAGUUGGAUGUGUUAUUUACCCAAUUUCAACACCUUAAUGCUCACUUGUCCUUGCUAAAGAGGGGCUUGCAAUUGGACCCCGAAAUCUGGGUGCAUUGCUUUUCUCAAUUUGAACAUCUUAACUUGCACUUCGUGUUAUUCACACGAGCCUUGAGAUUAGUCUUGUCCAUCUUGAUAAUUUGCUUUAUUCACCUGCAGCAUAAGUGUACAUAUUUAAUUUUGGUCUGGUUGAUCGGUGCCAGAUACUUUCCAGAAAGAAGUUAUAGAGGUGGGUCAAAGCUGGUAUGGAUCCAUUAAGAAGGAAGAGGAAGGGGGGAAUGACUAUGGGUGAAACUAAAUUGAAACGGUUAGCUUGCUUAUACAAUGAUAGUGCUUCUUGUUCAGCCUUAGCUCCACCUCUUUCAUUUGAGGAAUGCACACAGCAAAGAAAGCGGCAUAAGGAAAAGAUAAUGGAUGAGCAGUUGGGCUCUCCAAAUUUGCAUCCUGCAGCAGCUGCCACAGUUCCCCAUCCAAGAAGAAGAGGUUGUUUAUUUGAUUCUCCUGGGAGAGGCUUAAAGAGAAAAGUUGGUUGCAUUGAUGCUGCCACUCAGUUUGGCAGGAACAAAAAGAUUGAAUCAGAUUAUUAUAUGGGUCUAGAGUUGGGAAAAGGGAAAUUUGGUAUUGUCAGACUCUGCAAGAACAAGUCCACUGGAGAAGAGCUGGCAUGCAAGACAUUACCCAAAAAUGGUGAAGAAAAUGUCCACAUGGAAGUGGAGAUUAUGCAACACCUUUCUGGUCAUCCCAAUGUUGUAACGCUGCGUUCUGUGUAUGAAGAUGCUGAGUCUUUGCACCUUGUCAUGGAGUUUUGCUCUGGAGGGCGCUUGCUUGACACAAUGUCUAAGAAUGGAUGUUAUGCAGAGCAUCAAGCAGCAAAUUUAAUCAAACAACUGGUUUCAGUAAUUAAAUAUUGCCAUGAGAUGGGAGUUAUUCAUCGGGAUAUAAAACCCGAGAAUAUUCUUUUAACUAGUAAUGGAUGCUUGAAACUAGCUGAUUUUGGUUUGUCUGUGCAUGUUGCAAAUGGUCAACAUCUAUCAGGUGUGGUGGGCAGCCCUGCAUAUGUUGCUCCUGAAGUAUUGGCAGGCACAUAUUCAGAAAAGGUAGAUGUUUGGGGAGCUGGUGUCCUCCUCCACGCCCUCUUGAUUGGUGUGUUACCAUUUCGUGGAGAAUCUGUUGAAGCUAUAUUUGAGGCGAUAAAACAUGUGCAAUUGGAUUUCCAGUCUGAAAAGUGGAAAUCAGUGUCUGGACCUGCAAAGGAUUUGCUGUCAAGAAUGCUUUCAAGGGAUGUUGGAAAGAGACUUUCUCCAGAGGAAGUUUUGAGGCAUCCUUGGAUAAUGUUCUAUACAGAACCUGAUGUGAAGUUACAAGCAAGGAAAACAAAAAGGAAAAAGCAUACGCCUCUUGUCAAUGGCGAUCGACCUAAACAAUUAACAAUAGAAACAUCUCCAAGUAAAUCAGACUGUAGACAAGAACGAGAAGACUGUGAUCUGGUAGAUGUUCUUGCUGCUGCAAUCUUACAGAUAAGAAUAUCUGAGCCUAAGAGGAGCAGACUGUGCAUGCCUUCUUUUGCUGUACCACAGGAGUGCUCAUCUAAUUUACAAACCACCCUGUGUACGGCAUUUUGAUGUAACUGUGACCGGAAAAUGUGCUGACUGUUGAAGAUAUCCUGAUUGUUGCUGACUCACACUGGUCGUUAUUUACUGAUUUGGCGGCUUGAUGAAUUUUGAUGCUGUGAGAGUAACUAAUGGAAGCUUGGCAUUGGCUACUUUUUAAGUUUUAGUGGAUAAAAGUGGUCUGAACAGGGAUUGGAUCCUAUGUUAAUGUCCCAGCCUGACCUGCACUAUGAAUUGGUGCUAAGCAAUCACUGAUAUUAAUCUAUGUACAGCAUGCUGAAAUAUAUGAUUUUCUGUAUAUAGUUUUUACAAUUAAGGCAAAACAUAACCCAAAAUCCAGUAUUCAAUAGACAUGGUUAACUAUUAAAUUUUAGGUUGUAUUGAACAUGAAGUAUGCUAAUGACUCUCACAAGGGUUUGAAUUUUGAA